AACGUUACUAGAUCGGUGGGAUGUUAAAUGAAAACCAGUGACGUGCAGUACUUUCGUCAAAUUAAUAACCUGAAGAAUACAUUUGAUCACUUGCAAGAGAAUGCUUAGAACAAAGUUGUUACAACAAUAUAUACUGCAUCAUGUGCCUUUGAGCUCCAGAGCAAUGCAUCUCUUGAGGGAUAAUGCUUACGUUAAUGGGAAUUGGAUAAGUGCUAGUAGCAAACAGACAUUUCCCAUUUGCAAUCCAGUUGACAAUACUGUAAUUGCUCAUGUUCCUGAUAUGAAUGCUGCUGAUACUCAAGUGGCCAUUGAUGCUGCUGUCAAAGCUUUCGAGUCGUUCAGUAAAACCACGGCCAAAGAAAGAAGUGAUUUGCUUAGAAAGUGGUACAAUCUGAUGGUUAAGCAUUCUGAGGAAUUGGCUCUUAUCUUGACUAAAGAAAAUGGAAAAUCUCUCAUUGAAUCUAGAACAGAGAUUAAAUAUGGAAAUUCUUUUAUUGAGUGGUUUUCAGAAGAAGCUAGAAGAAUAGGAGGAGAAAUACUGCAGGCUCCUAUAUCGAACAGAGAAUUAUUUUUAUUAAGACAACCAGUUGGUGUAGCUGCCUUAAUCACACCAUGGAACUUUCCACAUGCUAUGAUUACCAGGAAGGCAGGUGCUGCACUUGCUGCUGGCUGUACGUGUGUCAUUAAACCAUCCGAGGAUACGCCGUUAACGGCACUGGCGCUAGCAGAUCUCGCGGAACAAGCAGGCUUUCCUGCAGGUGUUUUGAAUGUACUUACCACGAGUAUAACAAAUUCAGCCGCCGUUGGUAAAGAAUUGUGUGAAAAUUCAAAGAUAAGAGUGUUAUCAUUUACUGGCUCUACAACCGUGGGGAAAAUCUUAUAUAAGCAAUGCGCCUCAACCAUGAAACGGCUUGGUCUCGAAUUGGGUGGUAAUGCACCAUAUAUUGUAUUUAAAUCUGCGGACGUAGACCUAGCUGUAAAUAAUGCCAUGGCCAGUAAAUUUCGUAAUACUGGUCAAACAUGUGUCUCAGCAAACAGGUUUUUUAUAGAGGCUGAUAUUUUUGACGAGUUUAUUAAGAAGUUUGUGAUGAAAAUUGAGAAAGAUAUCAAGAUGGGAGAUGGUUGCAAAGAAGGUAUCACUCAUGGGCCGCUCAUAAAGAAAAGUCAAUUGGAUAUAGUAAAUGGUCUAGUAAAGGACGCAAUUCAGAAAGGUGCUAAGGUACAUUGCGGCGGACAUCCGUUGCCAGACCUUGGACCAUUGUUUUAUGCACCUACUCUAUUAACCAAUAUAACUAAAGACAUGCAAAUUUAUAACAAAGAAAUCUUUGGCCCCGUAGCAGUAAUAAAUAAAUUUUCCAGUGAGGAUGAUGUAUUGAAGCAAGCCAAUGAUACACCAUUUGGUUUAGCUGGAUACUUCUUCUCGCAGGACAUAUCGCAAAUACUUAGAGUUGCGCGUAAAUUGGAAGUCGGUAUGGUAGGUGUCAAUGAGGGAUUAAUUUCAUGUGCAGAGGCUGCUUUCGGCGGAGUAAAAGAAUCUGGCUUAGGAAGAGAAGGUUCUAAACAUGGGGUUGAAGAUUUUCUUGAUAUUAAAUAUGUCUGUCUUGGCAAUCUUAAAUACUGAUACAAAGUGCAUUUUGAAUAAUUAGUCCCUAAUAAUAGUUACUGUCAAGAGCAGACAAUAAUAAGCCAUAUAAUUUAACAAGCUAAUAUAUAAUAAUAAAUAUAAUUUCAAGAGAGA